ACCGUUGGACGCUUUCCCCUCCGCCGCCGGAAGAAGCCGUCGCCUGGAGCAACCAGCACUUCCGGCUAUCUGAAUCUGGCGGCGGGGAAGGCCAUGAGUAAAAGCCGGGCCGAAGCUGCGGCGGGAGCCCCCGGGAUCCUCCUGAGGUACCUGCAGGAACAGAACCGGCCCUACAGCGCCCAGGACGUGUUCGGGAACCUGCAGAGGGAACAUGGACUGGGCAAGGCGGCGGUGGUGAAGGCGCUGGAGCAGCUGGCCCAGCAAGGCAGGAUCCGAGAGAAGACGUACGGCAAGCAGAAGAUCUACUUUGCGGAUCAGGACCAGUUUGACACAGUGAGUGAUGCUGACCUCCACGGCCUGGAUGCCAAAAUUGCGGCCCUCACUGCCAAGGUGCAGAGUUUACAGCAGAGCUGCCGCCACAUGGAGGCUGAGCUGAAGGAGUUAACAAGUGCCUUGACGACUCCUGAGAUGCAGAGAGAGAUCCAAGAGUUAAGGAAGGAAUGUGCCUGCUACACAGAGAGAUUGAAGAACAUCAAAGCAGCCACCAACCAUGUCACUCCAGAAGAAAAAGAGAAGGUAUACAGUGAGAGGCAAAAAUACUGUAAGGAGUGGAGGAAGCGCAAGAGGAUGCAGGCAGGACCCAGUAUUGCUACUGCCCAUCUGAAACCAGGUGCUUUGUUUGUCAGGCAACAGAGCUGUGUGAUGCAAUCCUUGAAGGGUACCCCAAGAGCAAGAAGCAGUUCUUUGAAGAAGUUGGGAUAGAGACAGAUGAAGACUAUAACGUUACACUCCCAGACCCCUGAGGGGUCCCUGGUGGGGACUGGGGACUAAAAUACCCUGGACUGGCUGCCUUGUUUAGGUUGGCUUCUUGUUCCUGCUCCUCUCCACCUUCGUCCAGAAUAGUGGGGAGAAAAGUUCAAGCCAGAAUACUGGGCAGGAUACAGGGCUAGUGGUCAGAAAGGGAUGGGUAUGUCCAUAUUGUGACGAAUUUAGCUUAAACACAAGGAGUUGAGGCAAUCCUAAAAGAAAGUAUUUGGCAGUAUUUAUUGUAAUACAAUUUGAUAUAAAAAUACAUAAUUUCCUCUGGAUAGUCAAACCUCCCAGAUAUCAAACCUGAGGAUGGGAGCCUGGGAGACAAAGGUAGAGAGAAGCUACUAUACACCAGCAUUUGAAGAGCCCAAGGCAUCACCCAGAGCUUCCCCCAGAAGAUGGAGUAUCUUUUGUGCCCUGUGCUCUAACCCCCAAGUACCAGAAGCAGGCAACAUUGGGAGAUGGCAGAGACCCAAGUGUACUGGACAGAAAGGCUAGGAUGGUUUUGAAGCCCUGUUAAUUUUCCAAAAUUUUAACUGUAGCAAAAUUGUUGAUGUUUAGAAAAAUUAAAAAAUUCAAAUAUA